AUGGACUGGGAUUCGUCAGAAGAAUAUGUCGAAACAUCAGACCCCGAAGAACGCGAGGAAAUGCGGCUGAACCCAAUUACUUUUGGACGGAGUCCCGGUUCUGAAGAUGAUUAUCGGCGACCUCACAAGCGCAUGAAGGUACACCACGAUGACUUCCAGUUGGUCGAUAUGAAAGAUCUUCCGACCGUGGUCGGAGAGACUCCAGUGCUGUCUCAAUCUUCAGAUAACUUCAAAGAACACGGGACAUCACCUACUCGACUUUCUGGAUCCCCAGUUUUGUCCCCAGCAAAGGCGAAGGUGGAGGACGGAAUGGAUAUCGACGAGCCAGACCAAUCUCAAGAUCCCUUGUUGCUGCAAUCCCCACUGAGACACGAAACACUCCCUAUCACGCCUCAAAAGAACUCGCAGCUGGCAAAUGAAGAUACUAUCCGUCACCGGGGCUCCACGACGCCUUUAGAGUCUCCUCCCCGUACUGCCCAACGCGGGUUUACUCUCACCGCGGACCUCUUUUCUCCGGGCAUCUUCAGGAUUGACCGUGACCCUCUGCCUGUCACUCCACAGAAGAACUCGCAGCUUGUAACUCAUGCCAUCGACUUUCACCGUGGUUCCACGACGCCUGUGGAAUCUCCCCCCAUUAAUAUUCGGCGAGGGUUUGCCCUCACCGUGGACCUCCUUUCUCCCGGAAUAGUCAGGUUUGACAAUGACACGCCUGAAUCCCCACGAGAAAAUUCGGGGAACAUUAAUGACCUCUUCUCUGACGACGAUGAGGUGCAAGUAUCCGAAGAACCUCGGAGAACAGAGUCGCCAGCUAUCUCACCUCGGGGACCUUCACCAUCCAUUCGCGACUCCCCUUCACCUUCUGCCCCUUCUGCACCUCCUUCGCCAGUACGGCAGCCCUCCCCCGAUGUGGCUCAAGCCUCUUCGCCCACGGCCGGCCCGUCUUCACUUCCACAAGCAUCAGCAUCACCAGUAACCGUCGCAGAUGAUAUUCCGGAAGAAGUCCGACAAAUGCAGGAAGAGGAAUCCGGAAGGCGGUACGCACUCCGGCGACGCGCUCCUGCCCAAAUCAACCCAUAUCGAUACGACGAAUAUCAGUACAAGCUGGUAACCAAAAACGCUCCGGAGGCGCGUGUUAAGAUCAGAAGUCCUGGACGGGGAACGCGUCGCGACCCAGAUGAUCGAUACGAGGAAGAGGAAGAAGAGAGUCAGGAUGUGGCAGGAGAGACGAUGGUCAUUGAUCAACAUGAUGAGGAUGGUACCUACGAGGAAAGGGAAAGGUCGAGGGAAAGGCGGAGGAAGCGCACAGCUUCACCUGGCGGUGUGGCUGGCGACGUGUUGGACCUUGUGAAGCAGCUGCAGCUGAACUACGGGGAAGAGCUGGAGGACACGCAAGAGGAGAAGGAGAUGGCCAGGUUGGCUAGGGAGAACAAGCGGAUGCUGAAGCAGAAGAAACGCGAAGAGAGGGAGAGGAAGAGGAAGGAAAGGGAAGAAAAACGACGGGCGAACAAUGAGAAGGCGCGGUCGAAGAAGUCUCCAGCUGCACCGAAUCUCAGGGAUAAUCCUAAGGGCCCUUCUCCCUUCCCAGAGCUAGAUCACGACAGGGAGGACCACAACGAGAAUAACUCGGCACCCCAGGAUGACGACCCUGCAACACCUAAUGAGUUCCACUUCGAACCAUUUACGCCUGUUAUCGACGACCCCCAGCCGGAAGCCGGUCCCAGCUCAUCGCGCAAUGUGGUCACAAUAUCUUCCAGCGAGUCUGAAGACGAUGCCCAGCGACCACAACGACGACUCAGACGGACAAGAUCAUCUCGGAGUCGCAGUAUCGUCUCUAUCGAAAGUUCCAGCAGCUCUUCUUCCAGUUCCGAAGACGAGGCUCCUGGGGCUCUGCCCAAAGGCAAAGCGGAGAUUCUGUAUAGGAUGUACCCUCGCAAACUAGCGGACAUGAUGCUCGCCAACGCAAAGAAAGAGGAGGCUGCGAAAAAGGACGCUGAACGGCGGGCACGGAGGAAACAAAGGCAGUCGUCGGCCGUUGCCAGCGAUGGCGAGAAUGGCGGAGUGCUUAAACCUGGUCAGACGAAGGUGCGCCGUGCGGUGGGCGGAUUAAUGCGGGAGAUCAAGGGGGACACUGAGAGCGAGGACGAGCCUUUACCGGAGGUACCGGAUCUCCUUUCUGACCAUUCGUUGGCUCCUCCACCUCCUCGGACGUCGUCUGUGCACUACUCGUCACCUAACCCUUCACCUCCCCUUGAUCAUUUUUGGUCCGACAACCAACCCGAUGAAGGUGAUGACGGCGGCGUCCCUGCUCCAAAAGCACCCAAGCAGGAGCGGGAGGUUUAUGAUAUCUCGGACAGUGACUCGGAUGAAGAGAUCGACAAGGAAGCCAUCGCAACUUUUUACACGGGCAAGGACAGGCCGCGACUCGAAAAGGCACUAAUCAAUUAUAUGCUCAACCAUAGACCACGGAUUGUCGACCGAGCUAAACGGAAAGCGAGCUCGAAAUCGAGGGCCAAUGGUACUGCUACAGGCGGGAUGGAGAGGAUCAGUUCCUCAAGAGACGGUCGUCAGCAAAGCUUCAAGUGGGACAUUGUCGCUGGUGGGGCAAAGAAGUUUGGGCGAGGGAAGCAGCAAGACCUCCAUGCUUUCUAUUCAACCAAACCGAGGCGCUCCUCUCACAGCUCGAAGCGAUCAAAUGGCCCUAGAUCCUCCCAUCUACCUCCAAGUCCAACUUUCAGUGACGAUGAAGCCGACAAUGAAGGUCCUGCCCCUCUCACGGGCAUGGAUCUCCGCAAGAAGUCCCUGCAGCAGAAGCGUAAAGAGCGGAAAGCGAAAGCAGCUAGAAACGGCCUCUAUAUGACUAUUUCGAAACAAGGAGGGGUAAAGUAUGUGAGCCGGAAAGGCCCAGAUUACCAGACGCUUGACCUGCAGCAGGAGGACCGGCGCCGUGUCGCUCGCAACGCCAAUCCUGGAGCCAAGAUACGUCCAUGGGAAGGUCCUCCCGCUCAUAGGAUGCCGCGACCGACACCACCCUCCCCCGCACCUCGAAGAAUGUCUGUUGACCCGCCAAGUUCAGAUGUCGAGAUGGUCGAUGGCCCGGCGUUCCCAGAGGCAGAGGUCCGGGAAGACGACGACCUGGUGGAAGAGCUUGUCCUCAAAGAUGGAGGGGUUCAUGCCCUGCAAGUGGGAGUCGAACUCCCGGGUGCGCAGUAUAUCAAGAACGGGUGGCUGCAAGAGGUCAUCAAUUCGUUUGGCAAUGACUACCAACUGCCGUCUUUAGGCCGCCUCAUUCUUCCGGGAUAUGAAGAAUUCGAUCUCAGCAAUGGAUUCGAUGACAUGCGCCUGCGCGAAGUCGUACAACGCCUGAGCGACGUCCUACUCGAAUUUGCAGACAAGCUUCCCGAUCCUGACCAGGACAGGGAAGCAGAACAGUUGACUUUUGUCGCGCGCCAUGUUUGCCUUGCAAUCUCACAUCACUCUCCAGGCUCCACCGCUCCCAACGAGGUAGCGGAAUCCGUAGCCAAGCCAAUCGAAGAACAUCUCCUUAAGCACCUGUCUCAACUCAAGGACGAACCUCGACCCGCGCAGUCCAUCGAUAUUCCUUUGCUCCAGUUUGACUGGUAUGCUGUGGAAGUCGGACUACGGUUACGACGACCCGUCCUGGACUCGCGCGGUGAGCUAAUGAAGGGUUCAACAUUGGCUCAAGCGAUCCAGUUAACCAUGCACCACCUUCUGACUCUCGGCUUGGACCCCGUCAUGGAGGCAGUCAAAGAGCUCCAGGACGCUGAUACAGCUGCAGACGUCUCAGCCACCCACCUCUUUGCUGCUGAAAUCUGGGUGCGCCUCAUCCACGUCCUCGAAGCCUUUUCCCGACUCCGGCCUCCUACCAAUCGAAAACAGCCACCGUUAUUCUGGCAUUUCGUCCUUACUGACUUCCGAACGUCAAUCGACGGCAAUCCUGACGAUCCCGCGCUGAUAGAACGGUGCUGGCGGACCCUGUUCUCCCUUUGCGCUCUGUCUCAAUUCUCCACUACGGGCAUGGUCGUCCAGAAACGACAUCUUCCGGCAUGCUGGGACAUCGUCGAACUGCUCUUCGGACGUACCCUUUCACGCGACUCGGACUCGGAAUACCAAGAUGCCUAUCUGCGCUACCUCCUAUCUCGGUGCCUGCUCCUCCAGGAGCGAUGGAAAUGGCAAAUUGUCGACAUCGCCCCGUUGGUGAAGCAAGUCCUGGACAAGGUUUUCGUUCCUCGCAAGUUUGCCGGCCUAGGAAACGAGAAAGCCAAGUUUCCCACUUUCCUUCGAAAUGACUCCGGCGACAAGAUUGCUGAAUUCGAGCCAAAGGAUUCGUCAUAUACGCUGUUACUAAAGUUCAUCAUCAAGGCUUCGCAGGAUAUCAACACCAAUAACUCCAGAAAAAUCACAGCUGGUAUUCGGAAACUUAUCUCCCUUUCGGACCCCGUCUCUGCCAUCGCGUUCGUGGAUGAAAAGAAUCCUACCGAGUCUGAGCUCGCGACAGUCGUCAACCGCAUCACCGCCGCUGUUGUCACAGUCUAUCUCGACCCAACCACUUUCUCCCAGAAAGUCAGUCAACUCCAGAGGACCAUCCCUGUCGACAAGAUGACGGACCACAACACACGCAUGAUCGUCAUCCAAGGCAUCUUCUGCUGGGCACGGUUUCUUUUGCGGUGGCAGCCAGAGUUGGGGCUGGAACCCUUGGCUAUGUGGGGUGGAGAGGUAGCCAAGGCCCUCGCGGAGUUGUGGCCGACGGGCAGGCCUUGUCAAGACCCGACUGUUCCAGCGGCCUGUAGUCUUUUGUUUGAGACGGUUCGCCGGAUAUUUGACCUCCAGGCGGAGAUCAAGCAGUAUCCUGAGGCUCAAUUCCUAUCUAACCUCAAGCCACUCACCACUGGCACACGGGAACAGAAUGAACUGGUCCAAGACACGAUCAUUGCCGUCGUCAACGCUCGGUUCAUCGCCAUCCCCCCUGAACGACCUCCGCUCCCUGCUCCCGCUCAGGUACACGUUGAAGAGGAGAGCGAGAGUCAAGAUCAAUAUGGCGAUAUGUUUGCCGACAUUGAUUGGAGUAAUGUCGAGAUCCCCGAGGCACUGGCUGGUCCUGUGUCUGCCCCGACACCCAAGGAAGACGACACGCUCAAGAAGGCCCUCGGUGCUCCGCUCACGUGGUUGAUGUAUCGUUCUAUGAAAGCAAGUGUCGAGCAGGAAGAAUCUCUUGAUCGUUUGGAUAUUCUGAAGACAUGCUAUGAGCGGGCUUUGUGCUGGGUCGGAUGUAUGUUGAUCCAGGGGAACGGCGAAGCGGGAGAGAAAGAGUGGACGGACAUUUUCUCUGCGAUUGAUAAAUUUCAGAAACCUGACUUGGUCGAGCGUGGCCGCGAACGAGAGGCACGGAAGUUCGACACGCUUAUCUCUCUUGCUUGUCUAGAGCGGUAUCCGAAGUGUGUGACGGUUGGGCCCGUCAAAUCUCGACUGUUCCAUACUAUGGUCAACACCUUGGUAACCCCUGCAAAUCCGAAACCCUCCCUCGAUGCCCAAUUUUUGGCUUCUUUCUUGUCGCUGGAGCAACUCCAACACCCUCUGCUUUCGGGGUGUGAUUCUCUCCCACCUGCUCCUGCAACCGGCAGGUAUACUUUCGACGCCGAACAGUUCCUCCAAUUCAGGCUUCCUCUCAUCAACUACAUGUUCAAAAAGCUGGAAUCGAUGGACCAAAGCACUCCUGACUUUGCGAACCAUACAUCGCUUGUGAAAAGUAUGCUCUCCGCAAUGAGGAGCAACUGUUUGAAACUCGGCGGUCAACGACGCGCUGAGUAUGUAAAAUUCUGCCACGAAGUGACGGCUAUCGUUAAGCAAUGCGACGGCCUGUCGCAACGACCAGACUUUGAGUUCUGGGUGACAUGGGAUCCUGCACAAGUACAACCUCAUGACUAA